CCUCCUCCUCCUCCUCCUCUCCGCUUCGCCAUUGUGUGUGAAGCUCGGUGGGAGCUGAGGUCGAGGCGGCCGCGGGGACGACGGCGGAGUUCAGACAAACAAACAAACAAACAAACGAAACGAACGAACGGACUAACGGCUCGUUUCUCCUCCAUGUUCUUCCUCCUCCUGACCGUCCGCCGCUCCGCUCCGGGCCUCACCGGUCACCGACGACACCCAAUGCAGCAGAGGAGACCCUGGAUGGGACUACAUGUGAUUUAUGUUGGGUAACGGGGUGAAGCGGAAACUGGACGAGGAUGAGGACAGUUUGGAGGAAGACAGACGUCCUCUGGGCGUCGGCGGCGUGUCGCAGGCGUCCUACACUCUGCAGCGUCAGACCGUCCUCAACAUGUCCCUCAUGAAGCUGUACGGACCGCGGAUGGGCGCCGACCUCAACCUGCAGCGCCGAGUCCUCAUCAACAACAUCAUUCGCCGCAUCCACGAUGAUUUCAGGCAGGAAGGAGGGGUCGGCGCGCUCUUCUUCUCUGCCGCACCGCCUGCCGCCGCCGCCCUCGAGGACGUCGGCUACCGGCAACCUCCGCCGCCUUCGUCCUCCUUCAGCAUCCUCUCGUCCUCGCUGUCGGCGCUGGACUCCUGCCUGACUCCCGCCUCGCUGCUGGAGGAGGACCUUCCGAUGUUCUUCACCCUGCCGCCCUCCUCCUCCGCCGCCCAUCACCACCACCUGCACCACUCCCCGAGGCCGCCGCCGCCGCCCUCAGCGUCACUUAAAGACAGCUUCUCCACGGCCCUGGAGGAGAUCGAGGAGCUGUGUCCUUCCUCUUCGUCUUUAUCGUCGUCAUCCUUGGGCCUGCAGUCAUCACCUCCGGCUCGGGUUCUUUUCGACGUCGUCAUGAAGGAGGAGGGGCGGGGCUUUCAGGACGUGGAGGGCAGGUUGGAGAAACCUCCUCCACCUCCUCCUCUUCCUCUUCCUCUUCCUCCCAGCACCACAGACACCUCGCCGUCCUCAACGGGCGCCUUCCUGACUGACUUCGCCCUGGACGACGUCCUUUUCACAGACAUUGACACAUCCAUGUACGACCUCGGCCCCUGUCCACCGCCGCUGGGAGCGCCGCCGACCAAGAUUGCCCCCGUCGUGAUGGCGGACGACCUUGUGCGGUCGAUGUCCGGGUACGGUGCGGCGGGGGCCGGCACUCAGAACCAGCCUUUUAAAAUGGACCUGGCUGAGCUGGACCACAUCAUGGAGGUGCUGGUGGGCAGCUGAGGACACAUUUUAUUACUUUCUGUUCAUUUUGUACAGUUUUAAAGUUACUUCACACUGACCUUAACUCUGGAGGAUUUAAGCUGCUGCGUGUAGAGUUUUAACAUCGACAGGAGGUCGUUCUUCUUCUGAAGGUUUGACGUUGAGAAUUAGGAGAUGGCAGGUGGUUGAAGGAGUGAACUUCAACCUGUUUAUACCAAUAUUUUUCUUUUACGUUUAAAAAAAAAAAGGAUAAAGGCCCAGUCACACCAGAAAGUCUCUUUCCUGGAGCGGUUUAUACUCCAACAGAAGAAGUUAAAUACAAGUAGAUGAUGCAACAAAGCUGACCGGCUACGAUGGCGUCCUCCAUUUUGGACUCUUUGGUUCACACUGUGAAGACGGCAGAAAUUAGCGUUUUGCAGAUUUACUCGCCCUUGUGAGCAAAUCCACUAAUUAUUGCGAUUUCAUUGAAAUGAACUGAAUUAACCACAAACUUCUGCUGGUUUUAAAUGCUGGUGUGACUGGACCUUUAACGUGUGUGAGGCAGAGGCGACCAAUUAUCUAUUUAUAGUAAUUAUAACUAUAAAGCAAAGAUAUAUUGAUGUGUCAAAAUGAUACGCACAGCAGCUUCAAUGGCUGAGUCAAAGGACGGGGUUCACAAUUUCUCAGGCAGUCAGCAGCCCAAAUGAACAAAGAACAUUUGAAGAGGAACUUUUAAUAUCCAGUGUGAACAAGAGGAAUGAUUACGGCGAGGAAAACCUCUCUCAUUGUUCAUUUGUACACCUGACUGCUGUUUUUAAGACACACCUGAAAAAAUUGUGAACCGUCCUUUUUAAGGAUUUGGAAGCACAUCAUCACACUUUGCUACAUUAUGAAGAUCCAGCAUGUGAAUAACGUUCUUACAACAGUGGAACAACAACCAACAGAAGCACAGUCUUUGUCUUCCAGGGAAACUCCAGGUUGAAUCAGGCCAGUGUGAAGUACCGUCCAGUUUUCUAUCGCUGUCCGAGAAUUGUAAGAAAACAAAA